UCGACUCCGAUCUUUCGUCACUUUGCCGAAAACCCCCUACAGACCCCUACUUUAAUUAUUGCCUCACUUAACCCUUUUCAAUCCGCUACCGUCCCGGGCCUCAUUCAGCUUGGUAGCUAUCAACAAUACCUGAGUGAUGCCCGGGAUAACGGUAGCAUCAGUGACGGCGGCGUCGGUUCGCAGGAGCUCGCGUGAGCCUCGCGACAUUACGGCAUCCCCGACACCUCAGCGGUUAGCAGGCUCCAUAUUAUGGCUACCUCCGAAGAAUGAGAUACGGGGUAAUUGUGACCCGGACCUCGAGGCGGGAAUGUGUGAUCACCCCGUAGUGAUACUAUCACCAUGGGUCGAUGAUGGAAAAGUUGUCUACCUUAUGAUGACAUCAUUCGGAGGAAGAGAUCUCGGAGUUCGCUUCAGUGACAAUUCGGCCCGGAGGCUCGAGUAUCUCCCAAUCGCACCGGCCGCCGCGCACCCGGACAACGGAAUGCUCCUAAGCCUCGAGGACUCAUCAACCGAGCUAUCGAAGAAAUCUUACGUCAGAACGAAGACGCAGCACCGAAUUGCGCGCAAAUCUCUUCGAGCUUACAAUCGCUAUGGGCUUGAGUACAUUCUAUCGGGGAAAUCUUACCAAGAUCUGAUAGAAUACGCAAAAUUCACUCCGCCGACUUCGCAUCCAGGCUCGCACGCCGUGUCACCCCCAGCAUGCAUAUGGCGACAUGACACCGUCAUACCUGUUACUCGAGAGCGUCGUGAUAGUUACAGUGAAUACUUGUCCGUGCAAAGGGGUCUCGAGAGCGGCUCACGGAGUUCCACUCGUGUUCAUCACAGCCACCACCAUACGCCGCUUCCGAGCAUGGCUUCAGUUACACCUCGCGUCUCCACUAUAACAUGGGAUAGCUCUACUAUAAGCGAGCGGGAUCCUCUCCUUACUUCCUCUUACGGAUAUUCUCGGCACACACAACCUAGUAUCUACUCCCACAAUUACUCGAGCAACCGUCCGACGUAUUCCUACAGAGCUUCGGUCCAGACCGACUACCGAGGCCCGGAACCUCUGGAGGCGUACAAUAGGUCUAUGUUCUGGACUAGACUUAAGAGACUCAUUUGGUUCAUCUUGGCUAUUGUGGCGGCGUAUGCUGCAUAUAGAGGGGUGUACUGGUUGGUUGGAAUUGCGCAAGAGACUGGCUCUGCGAUUAAGCAGGGAGUUCAAAGCAUUGGUGAUAAGAUUGGAGGAUUUUGGUCGAAAUUGGUUGAUAGAGUCAGGCCAUAGGGCUGGGAUUGUUGGAAGCUCUCCCCUUGUGAUGCUUCCCGGUUAGGGAGCGUAGGGGUUUGCUUACCUGUAAUCUCAUGAUUGUAUGAAUUGGUAUGGAUUGGACAAUGGGUAACGGGGGAAAGGCUACUGGGUAUUACGGAAACUGUACGAUUGAUGGACACAUGCAUCAGCGAGCAUAUGGAGGAUAUUAGCAAUUGAUUGAAAAA